AGGAGGGAUGAAGCCAGCAGAGAUCAGAUUCUCUCUACAGAGACCUCUACAGCACAGAGAUCCAGACAUGGCACCUACAAUAACUCCAGCAAUGAUCAAUUCUCAGGAGCAUCUGACGCUGACCCACAAGCUCAGAAAGCCUCUGGUGGAGAAGUUACGCAGAGAGCGAAUCAACAGCAGCAUUGAGCAGCUCAAGUCUCUCCUGAGUCCAGAGUUCCUCAAACAGCAGCCAGACUCCAAGCUGGAGAAAGCACACAUCCUGGAGAUGACAGUUUGUGUCCUGAGACGGCUGCAGCAGCAGAAUCAACAGCAGAGAAGACUGCUGAACCACAUCAACAAGCUGCAGUCUUCCUCUAAUAACAACCUGAGAGAGGCUGACUUCUCUCUUCUGAGCUCCACAGUCCAGACCAGCAUCACCAAAGAGAAGAGUCCAGUCAACAGCGCCGUCUGGAGGCCGUGGUAGACACC